GAGCUGUGCGAGGCGCUGUCAGUGUACAGACGGCGUCCAGCCAAUCAGCUGAGCGCCACGGCAGUAGCGCUUCCUGAUUGGCUGAAGGGACGUCAGUGACAGGGAGUCACGUGACGUCCCGACAUUCGGGAGAAAGGAGUGUAAUGUGAAAACAUUACACUCCUUUCUAGUCCGGUAUGGCACGGUGAUCGUUUUUUAAUUUUAAAAAGUACGUGGAUUUACCUCUGGACCUGGACCUCUGGACGGACGCUGGAAGUGAAAAGCAAAUAUCUUUGAUAUGCAAAUUAGAGGUUCUGGACUGGAGGUCACUGUUCCCGCAUCUCAGUCUGCUUUACUUCAUACUCAGACUCUUCUGCCGUGUACGUUCCGUGUGGAUAGUCCUCCUGUGAACCUCCAGUUCUUGGCCAUAUUCUGGUACCUCGAAGACAAGGAGCUGCUGAGAUAUGACAAUAAGGAGAAGGUUUCCAGUCCCACAAUGGCCAUCGAUGAGCAGGCAGUCAAACAGGGCAACGCCUCAUUGUCCAUUCACAAUGUGACCAUCUCUGACCAGGGGACGUACAAGUGCUUAGUGAUUGACAGUCCAGAUAGACAGCACAAGGAGUUCCAGCUACAUAUUCUAGGUAUGGUAUCAAGAUCCUGGUGGUUGAAAUCCCGACAGUCAGAAAUCCCACAGCGCCAUCCCAGCUUUCAAAAUCCUGAUGGAUCCCAGUGAGUAUUUUAACCCUAAACCUAAUAAUAACCCUAACCCACCCCUCCUGUAACCUAACCCUAACCGCUCCCCUCCCACAGCCUAACCGUAAACCCACUAUCCCCCCAGAGAAUAGCUGUGACAAAAUCACUGAAAUAGUGGUGGCAGGCUGUUAUAUUUCCACCGGGUUUCUUACCUAUGUGUUUUAAAACCCCAGGAAUAUUGUGUUGGUCCUGCUGAGAGCUUUUGGUAAGAACCAAAUAAGGGUCCUGGGGCUGGAUGUGAGAAGAGAGGGUGGGUUCUUCAUCCAUUUAGGCUCAGUUUAGGUCUUUGGGCUAUUAGCCUCACAGAAUGCUAAUUAGGGCUUUUAGAUGUAGGUGUGUGUUAAAAAGGCCGUCAGCCUGAUCAGCUUUCUCUCACACUGCCUGGGGAAAAGGAGAGACUAUGGAGUCUCUGUGAGAGAAACCUGCUGUUGAAGAUCAGUUAGUUGUGCCUGGUAAAAACAUAUUAUUAUUAUUUUUUAGUGAGUUAAGAUAAUCCUGUGUUAGCGAUGUACGGCAUUGUGUUUAUUUUGAUUAUUUCUAUUUUGU